CCUGACCCUGGCGGGAAGGGUUAGUAUUUCUCCUGGUGUAGAAGGCGGUGUCUGAAUGGGAGUCACAGACGCCAGCGCCGCGUGGAAACGAACGUGCGGCCAGAUGGGAAGUGUCAGAACCAGAACGUCCGCUGAGCGUUCUCAGAAGGCAGUGCCCGCUUUCAGUGUCAAAUGACGGACGUGGAAAGGCAGCUGCAGGGAGAGCAGGGUGGAGAGUCACGGGAGAACUCAGUGGUCUUUGAGGAUGUGGCUGUGAACUUCACCCAGGAGGAAUGGGCUUUGCUGGAUCCUUCCCAGAAGAAUCUUCACAGAGAUGUGAUGCAGGAAGUCCUUAGGAACCUUGGUUCUAUAGGAGACAAAUGGGAGAACCAGAACUUUGAAGAUCAGAACACAAAUCCCAGAAGAGAUCUCAGACCCAUCAUAUAUCACUCUGCAAACAAACCACUUGAGAAUGAGGAGUGUGGAGGUAAGCCAUAUGAACUUAAAUGGAACAGAAAAUCCUUCAUGUCUCUCUCAAAUGUUCAAAGAAAAGUGUCAGUGUACACCGUAAAUGGAUCAUAUGGAUGUUUGACAUGUGGAGAAGAGUUCAGUUCUUCCAGGUGUUUUGAAAAAUAUCAAGAAUCUUAUACUAGAGAGAAGUUAUAUGGAUGUAAGCAAGGUGGGAAGUCCUUUACUAAUUCAAAUGACUUCCAUUACAUUCAUGUUUCUCAUUCUGGAGAGACAGCUUGCAGAUGUAAGCAUUGUUGGGAAGGUUUUAUUAGUUUGGCUGACCUUAAAGUACAUGAGCAAACUCAUAAUGUGGAGAAACCUCAUAGAUGUAAACAAUGUGGAAAAGCCUUCACUACUUUCUCUUCCCUUCAAAUACAUGAACGAACUCAUACAGGAGAGAAGCCCUAUGAAUGCAAACAAUGUGGAAAAGCCUUCAGUACUUCCUCUUACCUUCAAAUACAUAAACGAACUCAUACGGGAGAGAAGCCCUAUGAAUGUAAACAAUGUGGAAUAGCCUUCACUACUUCCUCUUCCCUUCAAAUACAUGAGCGAACUCAUACUGGAGAGAAACCCUAUGACUGUAAACAGUGUGGCAAAGCCUUCACUCAGUCCAGUCAGCUUCACACACAUGAACGAACUCAUACAGGAAAGAAGCCCUAUGAAUGCAAACAAUGUGGAAAAUCUCUUGGUAGUUUCUCUUACCUUCGAAUACAUGAACGAACUCAUACAGGAGAGAAGCCCUAUCAAUGUAAACAAUGUGGGAAAGCCUUCACUAUGUCCUCUUACCUUCAAAUACAUAAACGAACUCAUACUGGAGAGAAACCCUAUGAAUGUAAACACUGUGGGAAAGCCUUCAGUAGUUCUACUUGCCUUAGAAUACAUGAAAGAACUCAUACUGGAGAGAAACCCUAUGAAUGUAAACAAUGUGGAAAAGCCUUCAGUAGUUCUACUUGCCUUAAAAUACAUGAUAGAACUCAUACUGGAGAGAAACCCUAUGAAUGCAAACAAUGUGGGAAAGCCUUCAGUAGUUCUACUUGUCUUAAAAUACAUGAUAGAACUCAUACUGGAGAGAAGCCGUAUGAAUGCAGACAAUGUGGGAAAGCCUUCAGUAGUUCUGGUUGCCUUAAAAUCCAUGAAAGAACUCACACUGGAGAGAAACCCUAUGAAUGUAAACAAUGUGGGAAAGCCUUUGCUUCAUCCGGUAACCUUCACCCCCAUGAAAAAACUCAUACUGGAGAGAAGCCCUAUGAAUGUAAACAAUGUGGGAAAGCCUUUGCUUCAUCCAGUAACCUUCACUCCCAUGAAAAAUCUCAUACUGGGGAUAAUCCCUUUGUAUGUCAACCAUGUGGUAAAAUUUUUAGUGGUCCUCCUUACCUGCAUGUGCAUGAACAGAUUCACACUGCAUAGAAACCUUAUGAAUAUAAAUAACUGUGAUAAAACAUUCUUUUUUUUUUUUCUUUUUCUUCAAAUACAUGCACAAUAUCAGAGUGGAGAAAGGCCCUAUGAGGGUAAAUAUUGUAAAACCUUCACAAGUUUGGCUUAUUUUCAAAUACAUGAAAAAACUCAUACUGGGGAAAAACCUCGUGAUUGUAAACAAUGUGGGAAAGACUUGUUCCUGUGGACUUUGUGUACACACAAAUAUUUAUACUGGAGAAGAAUGCUGUGUAUCCACAUGGUGUGGUAAAGCCUUCACUAGUUCUGCUUCUGUUCAUGUACAAGAAUGAACUCAUACUGGAGAGACCUCUGAUAAAUGUAAACAAUAUGGUAAAGCCUUUGUGUUAAAGACCCAGCCAAUGACCUUGGGACUGCUGGUGCUCUUCCUGAAACUAGCCUUGACAUCACUCCAGCUUGACUCUGUCAUGUAACCCUAGGAUUGUAACUACCAAUGCCAAAGGAUGGUUUCUGACCUGAGUGGGACUCACAUGAACUGAAGCUUUUUCAGCCACAUUCUGCAUGUUCAGGAUUGCAGAUCUCAAACCACCGACCUCUGUACCACCUAUUCAAAAUCCAUGGGACCUAUGGAGCUGCCCCCAUACACACCUCCCACCUCCAGGGGCAUGGAUACCAGUGCCAACCUUCCAAAUACAACUUGCACAAUCAUCAGAAGCACAGCCAUGGUCUCCACAGCCCACAGUCUUCAGACCUGAGGUGCUGGUGCCAAAAACCCUAGUGCUGCGUGGGCUCUUGUCUUGGGAUGUUUUCAAGAUGAUGGCAGUUGCCACCAAAAGCUUCAGUGCCAUCAGGGACUGGCCCUGGAGCCAGAGGACACGCAACUUUGUAUGCUUACAUUCACUGAAAAGUUGGGUAACUACCUUUACAAACUGUACUCAGAAUAUC